AUCGACGGGAGAGUUUCCAGAGCAGCACUAGUGAUGAAGAUAUGCUGGAAAUAGCAGGAGCAUCUCUGGACUUCUCCAUGGCAGAGGACGACCCACCUCUAGACAGGGAGAUGGAAGAUUCGUGCAGAGCAGCUGAAUGCAUGCUCAGUGUCAGGUUUGGCUUCCAGCAUCGCUUCGUGGUGGAGGCUCGUGGGAGGUGUCUGCUGUAAGCAAAGCAGAAAAUCUCCUUAAGGGUUUUCCUCAUAUAAUGGAGGAGGGAUGAACGGUACAAGCACAAUGAUGGAUUUCCUGGAGGAACCUCUUCCCGGUGUGGGCACAUAUGAAGAUUUUAACACUAUAGACUGGGUGCGAGAGAAGUCCAGGGAUCGGGACAGGCACAGAGAGAUCACCAGUAGAAGUAAAGAGUCCACAUGGGCACUGAUACACAGCGUGAGUGAUGCUUUCUCUGGCUGGCUGUUGAUGCUCCUCAUUGGGUUGUUGGCAGGUUCCUUGGCGGGUCUGAUUGACAUCUCUGCCCAUUGGAUGACAGAUCUGAAGGAAGGAGUGUGUUUAGCAGGCUUCUGGUUUAACCAUGAGCACUGCUGCUGGAAAUCCAACACAACCUUUACAGACAGAGACAAGUGUCCUGAGUGGAAGAGCUGGUCCCAGCUCAUCCUGGGCCAUGGAGAGGGGGCUUUUGCAUAUAUUCUCAACUACUUCAUGUACGUUGUCUGGGCCUUGCUGUUCUCCCUCCUUGCUGUGCUACUUGUGAAGGGCUUUGCUCCUUAUGCCUGUGGCUCGGGGAUCCCAGAGAUCAAAACUAUCUUAAGUGGUUUCAUCAUUAGAGGCUACCUGGGCAAGUGGACGCUGAUCAUCAAAACAAUCACCUUAGUGCUGGCUGUGUCCUCUGGGCUGAGCCUGGGCAAGGAGGGGCCCCUGGUGCACGUCGCCUGCUGCUGUGGGAACAUCUUGUGUCAUCUCUUCACCAAGUACAGGAAGAACGAAGCCAAGCGCAGAGAGGUUUUAUCAGCAGCUGCAGCUGCUGGAGUGUCGGUAGCGUUUGGUGCCCCGAUCGGAGGAGUGCUCUUCAGCCUGGAAGAGGUCAGUUACUACUUUCCUCUCAAGACACUGUGGCGCUCCUUCUUCGCUGCUCUGGUCGCGGCAUUCACCCUGCGCUCCAUCAACCCCUUUGGGAACAGCCGCCUGGUUCUCUUCUACGUGGAGUUUCACAUGCCAUGGCAUCUUCUGGAGCUUGUGCCCUUCAUCCUUCUGGGCAUAUUUGGGGGGCUUUGGGGGGCUUUCUUCAUUCGCAGCAACAUUGCCUGGUGCAGGCGGCGCAAGACGACCAAGCUUGGCAAAUACCCGGUGCUGGAGGUGUUUGUAGUGACAGCCAUCACGGCCGUGCUGGCCUUCCCUAAUGAGUACACCAGGAUGAGCACCAGUGAGCUGAUCUCCGAGCUCUUUAAUGACUGUGGGAUUCUGGACUCGUCCAAGCUCUGCGAGUACGUGAAUGAUUUCAACAGCACCAAAGGGGAUGACCUGCCAGACCGAGCUGCUGGCCCAGGAGUCUACACUGCCAUGUGGCAGCUGGCUUUGGCCCUUAUAAUGAAGGUCUUCAUCACCAUCUUCACCUUUGGCAUGAAGGUGCCCUCGGGUCUCUUCAUCCCCAGCAUGGCGGUGGGUGCCAUUGCAGGCAGGCUGCUUGGUGUGGCCAUGGAGCAGCUGGCCUACUACCACCAUGACUGGGCCAUCUUCAGUGGCUGGUGCAGCCAAGGAGCUGACUGCAUCACUCCGGGCCUCUACGCAAUGGUUGGGGCUGCAGCGUGUCUGGGUGGUGUGACCCGAAUGACGGUGUCCCUGGUGGUCAUUAUGUUUGAGCUCACUGGUGGACUGGAAUACAUCGUUCCACUGAUGGCAGCAGCCAUGACCAGCAAGUGGGUGGCUGAUGCCAUUGGGCGGGAAGGCAUUUACGAUGCCCACAUUCGCCUCAAUGGGUACCCUUUCCUGGAGGCCAAGGAGGAGUUCUCACACAAGACCCUCGCGAUGGAUGUAAUGAGGCCACGGAGGAAUGAUCCUCCUCUGACUGUCAUCACGCAGGACAGCAUGACCGUGGAGGACGUGGAGAGCAUCAUCAAUGAAACCACGUAUAGUGGCUAUCCGGUGGUGGUGUCCCGCGAGUCCCAGAGGCUUGUUGGGUUUGUCCUCAGAAGAGACCUCAUCAUUUCAAUUGAAAAUGCCCGGAAAAAGCAGGAUGGGAUUGUGAGCACUUCAGUUGUUUAUUUCACUGACCACUCUCCCCCGCUGCCUCCAAGCUCCCCCUCCAUGCUGAAACUUAGGAGCAUCCUGGACCUCAGUCCCUUCACAGUGACAGACCAAACGCCCAUGGAAAUCGUAGUGGAUAUAUUCCGCAAGCUAGGAUUGCGCCAGUGCCUGGUGACUCAUAACGGGAAGCUCCUUGGGAUCAUCACUAAGAAGGACGUUCUGAAGCACAUUGCACAACUGGCCAACCAGGACCCAGAUUCGAUACUCUUCAACUAAAGGCAGACCAGGAGGUAUUGUGUGUUCAACACAAAAGGACCUUUAGAGACCAUCCUGGAUACACUUCCCUAUUUUUAUUGAAAACAUGGAACUGUUUUCCAAGUUUUCUUCAAAGGAGCUGAAGAAGAUACUUUUUUUUUCUACCAGAUACCGAUUGCACUACAUAAUCUGUGGAACAGAAUCUUCUUUUUAGAAGAAAAAAAGAGACUUUAAUUACGUUGCUUUUGUGAAGUUGCAUUGGAAAGAUUCCAUGAAGGAGUAAAAGCAAAAUGCUAUAGAA